AUGGCCGAAUACUGCCAGCAUGCAAAACAUCUCGCCGAUCAACUCAAGAGCGUUGGGUCUCCGGUUGAUGACCGGAUGUUAGUUAUCAAGAUUCUUACUGGUCUUACCGAGCAGUAUGACAGCAUAUCCACCGUUCUACAAAACCGUGAUCCUCUACCGGAUUUCAACGAGGUUCGAUCUCGUCUUAACAUGGAAGAACAAAAGAAGAAGAGACAUGUAACCCGGGGUUCACAAGCUGCAACCACUGCCCUCGCCACCACCACAGCAACCUCGUCGCCGAACAACACCCAACAGACCAUGUUUUUCCAGCCGUCCGACAUGGGACGUGGUCGUAACAGAGGCAGACGCGGCCGCGGUCGUUCUUUUUCUGGACGUGGCGGCAAUCGGUACUCCAACCAACAACAAAACCCGGCCCACCCCUACAUUGUGUUCACGAGCAACUGGACUGCUUCCUAG